AUGUAUCAAACACUCCAAUGUGCCUCUCCCCCUCCCUCCCCUGCGCCCUGCUGGGUCCAGCCUAGAGUCCCCACCACACUCAGCUCGGCUCCAGGGGUCCCUGACUGGCGCGUCCCGUUGCGCACGGCACACUUCCAAAACCCAGCGCAGUUCCCCCACACGCUGCGCCUUCCGGGAUCCCGAUCCGGACUGGAAAAAGCUCCAACUUCACAGCUGGCUGUGGUUUCGUGUCGGGAUGCCAUCGGAUCGGUGACAGGAAGGAGGACAGUUGUGGUGCAGCGGGAGCAGCAAGAGCGAGGCUCGGAUCUCCCCCCAGCCAGUUUUUUUCUUUCCUUUGCGCAGUCAAGGUGGAGGCUUGGGUUGGCGUUUCAUGGCGCUCCCGCCCAGCGGUCACUCCACGAUGUUAGCCGCUCCUCGCUGAGCUCUGCUGGGAUCCUUUCUCCAAAGUUCGCGCAUUUCUGGAGCGCAGGGAUGGAGCCGCACGCCGGUUCAGUUCUGCAGAAACAGACGCUCCUGUGCUUCGUGUUGGCCGUGGCUCAGUGUGUGCUGGCGCAGGGUUGUGGGUCGCAAUAUGAGUUCGCCAUCGAAGAGUUCUGUCUGGCCAAGUUCAGGCUCGAGAUGCAAGAACUGGACCGGAGUCAGUGGUGUAGCUGGGAGGACACAGUCGAAAUGUACGGCGAGCUGACAAACUGCACGUACCUGGUGGCGCUGAACAUGGGGUGCUACUGGCCCAACCGGCUGGUGGACGAGUUCUUCAUCAGCGUCCACAGGCACUACUUCCACGACUGCUCGCUGUCCGGACGACUUCUCAGGGACCCCCCGAACCGCAUCCUGGGUCCUUUCAUUGUUGUCCCCAUCCUGGUCACACUCCUGAUGACAGCGCUGGUGGUGUGGAGGAGCAAACGCAGCGAGGGGAUUGUGUAGUGAUGGAAAACAAGGAGGUCAGGGAGAGUCAAAAUAAGAACCGACCUAAAGAUCCCUCCUUACCUGAGUGUCAAUGUUCAGGAAAUAAGGCAUUACUUAUGGACCUGGAGGAAGAGCUGAAUAAGACUUUAAAUAAUAUUUUACCUCAGUGCACAAGUGAAGCCAUUACAGUUGCKUUUAAUGAGAAUCUUCAUGAAUUGGAGUCAUUUUUUGGGUUUAUAGACAGAUUCUUUCUGCCGUAUUGACCCGACUCUGAUCUGGACCAGAAUAAUGACUGGUUAAACGGUUCUGUAUAUGAAGAUGAACUGCAGCCUAAAGGUUCUGGACAUCGUGGCAGAACUCCUACACUUWUGAGAAUCUAACAGCUGUCUCUGAGAACUAAUGAAAUAUGCAUUUCUGCAGUAGACAUCUAAACAAAAAGCUCACAUAAGGAAAGGAGAUAAAAAGACUCACGGCUCUGAAGAACCUGUGGACUCCAGUUUAAAAUGUGUACAUACAGUAUACCAGAAAUAUGCACAAUGUGUACAUUUGUUUUUGUGAUUUUAUGUGUUGCUUUUGUUCAUGUCUAAUAUAUAUGGGCAUAUAUACAUGAAGCUUCCUCGUGACAGCUAAAAUUGACACAAUAGCAAAGCAGAUGUUCAAUUCAGAUAAGCGAAAGCACCGUUGAUACAGGUGUGGAUCCAGAGUUUGGAUUCAGAAUAAUGUAUUCUGAAACUUUGAUACUGCAUCACUGUGAAAUCAGGARAAAAAUCACUUAGAAAAACACAACUCAGGCUAAAAGGAAGACCUAAAGUGGUGGGUUACUGUAAGUUAGCCAACGCACAAUGCUGCUGAGCAUUGCCAUCGCCCAAAGCACAGUUUGAACAUCACRGACCUCGGUUUUCUAUUGAUUGAUCAUUUCCCAGUGUAGUAGAGUGUGCCGUAUGAACGGGCCUUCAUUGAUAUUUUUGAAUGCUCUCUUUCCUUUAUAGAUUCAUUGACCUGUAACCUGCCUGUCAGCAAAACACACUUUAAACUACGCCCACACUUUGUACUUUGUGCCAAAAGCUUGUGGAGAAGAGAGAUCAAUGUUUGUUAUAAAACGUCUCAUUUUUAUGUUGGAUUGACUUUUACUGAUUGAUUUUAAAACCUGUGAUUGUGAAGAAAUGUUGAAUAAAAUGUCUGAAUACCGUGUCUAAAA